AAAAAAGAAAAAGAAAAGAAAGGAAAAUAAAAUUAGGGGACACGGAAUUACCGCGGAAUCUGAGGUGGUACAGGUUAAGAGGGUGACGGUGGGGUUUGGGGAACAGAAACGGUGAAAAAAACAGAGAGAAAAAUAAUGAGAGCAGCUGAGACAAGAAAACAAAGAGAAGGAAAGAGAGAGUAGUGGUGGUGGGUGGUGGGUGUUGGUGAAGUUUUUUAAAAGAAUUUUUGAUUAUUAUUCCAAAAAUGGCAGACGUUGUCAAGCCAAUCAUCAACACUAGCAGUAACAACAAAAGCAACGAUCCGGCACCACAGCACGACCGCCCAAUCAGAGUUUAUGCAGAUGGGAUCUACGAUCUCUUCCAUUUCGGUCACGCUCGCUCCCUCGAACAGGCCAAGAAACUGUUCCCAAACACCCAUCUGCUUGUUGGAUGUUGCAAUGAUGAAACCACGCACAAGUAUAAAGGCAAAACUGUUAUGACCGAAGCUGAACGUUAUGAAUCUCUUCGCCAUUGCAAGUGGGUGGAUGAGGUCGUUCCUGAUGCACCUUGGGUGACCACGCAAGAAUUUCUUGACAAGCACAAUAUCGAUUUCGUGGCCCAUGACUCACUUCCUUAUGCUGAUGCCAGUGGAGCUGGGAAGGAUGUCUAUGAAUUUGUGAAAGCAGCUGGGAAGUUUAAGGAAACAAAACGAACUGACGGGAUUUCUACAUCAGACAUAAUAAUGAGGAUUGUAAAAGAUUAUAACCAGUAUGUGAUGCGUAAUUUGGACCGUGGAUAUUCGAGAAAAGAGCUUGGUGUUAGCUAUGUAAAGGAAAAGAGACUGAGGGUGAACAUGAGGUUAAAGAAACUACAAGAGAAAGUGAAGGAACAACAGGAAAAGGUGGGGGAAAAGAUUCAAACUGUUGCAAAAACUGCGGGUAUGCAUCGUAAUGAGUGGGUGGAAAAUGCUGAUCGUUGGGUUGCUGGCUUUCUUGAAAUGUUUGAAGAAGGAUGCCACAAAAUGGGUACAGCCAUCAGGGAUCGAAUUCAAGAGCGCUUAAGGGGGCAACCAAGAGAUCUGCUCGAAAAUGGCGAGGAGGAUGAUGAUGAUGAAGAAUAUUUUUAUGAGGAUGAUGAUGAUGAAGAGGAAUACUAUGAUGAUGAUGAAUAUUAUGAUGAGGAAGAUGAGAAAAAACGAUAAAGGGAAAAGUGGCUGUGUUUUUGUGCUUUGAGGAUAUUGUAGGUUCCAUGCGCAGAAUGUGGCGUUUGCUCAAGGGAUUUCUGUAAAGUGCAUAAAUUAGCUGUGGAUGGUGAACCGCAGUUUUCUGUGGUUGCUCAGGGGAGUUUGUUUUAGAAUAUGGGUUUUCUUUUUUCUGUGUAAUUUACAUUUGUUAUUUACUUCUUUUAGUGUGGUUAAUAUUUUCUUAGUACCUUCUAACUCGGGCAUUAUGCCGUAUACAUGAAAUUGCUGUAUGUUUUUCGUU